AUGGCGAAGAGCAACCGAUUGCCGCGUAGAGUGCGCUUGGGUGCGGUCUCGAUAAGGUUUCCUGAGGCCCACUUUUCUUGGGCUCCACAAGGGAUGAUGUCUAUGUUCUUGGCCUUUGGCUCUUCGUCUUCUUCUUUACUCCAAACCUACUUGGACGUUGUCGUUGUACGUCCUUUCUCCAUCUGUCUCUUUUACACCUUUCUGGGUAUUUUUCUCUAUCGGAACUGGGACAAGUUGUUUGUCUUGCUUUUUUUGCAGAAAAUUGUAUGCCUCUCUUCUUCUUGUUUUCUUACUCUUUGGAGGGAGGGGAGGCAGGAGUGUGCAUUGUCUUCUUGUGUUUUAUCCUUUUCGAUAUGA